CCGUGCCGGGGCCCCGCUGCCCUGCCCGGCAUGGGGCGAUCCGUGCCCGGCACGGGCCCGGGGGUGGUGCCCGCAGUUCUGCCCGUAGCGCCCCGAGGGAGCCGCAGGAGCCCGGCCAGAGGCAGCAGGAUUGUGACUUGCACUUACACAGUCAGCAACUGGAAAAAUGCCAGAUUCUGAAAGUAAUUUGGUGUCUUCACAUGUGGAUGUUAUAAAUGGUACUUCAGUCUUGAGUGAAAUGAAAAUUUCGGAUGAAAAGGGAUCUGUUAAAAAAAGAGCAGUGACUCAGAUUGGGAAGAAUGGCUAUCCUGACUCCAUAUACAUAAAUGCAGCUAAGAUUUUUCAAGGCAUUCGUACUGAAAAGAGUACGGGUAGAAUCCUGGUGCGGUAUGGCGACAACUCUGAAUCUCCCAUGGUGGCUUUUAAAGAUGAGCAUUCCAGGCGUGUAUCUUAUGAACUGGCUUUCAAUGCUCUAAAAUAUCAAGAUCUUCUUGAAGAAAUAUUGUUAGAUAGUAAGGUUUACCCAUGCUACUCAAUACCAGAUGAGUUAACCAGCUUGCUUGUUGUGAUGCUUUAUGACCUACAAGACCGAAAGUUUAAAAAACGAAAGAUGUUUGCUGAAGAGGAACUUGUAGCAGAAGUUCAGGAAAUAGGGCAUUAUUUAUACAGGUAUAAGACCAAACUGGCAGCUGCACUAGCACGAUGUCGCAUCAAAUAUGAUGCUCUUUCAAUUGAAUACUUUGUACCAGAAACCAUAUCGAAGCAGGAACAAAGGACUUCUUCUUUACCUGUCUGUUUUUGGAUUAACACAUUUAAAAUUGGCCUUGAAGAUGUUAUCAGAGAUUUGGAGAUGAAGGGAUUCACAAAGGUUGACUCUGUGUCAGACUUUGAGCAUUACACGUAUGCUGUGGACCAACAUUGCCAUGAUGUAUUGGUUUUUCCUUCCUCUCUUAGAGAAGAACUGCUUAAUUUAGAUCUUUUUGCAGAGUGCAAACUCUUACUGCAGGAUAAGUCUCGCAGCCUUGCUGUACACUCUGCACAGGCGCUGUUGAGUGAAGGUGGUGACAUUAUAAUUGCUCACAUAGGCUCCCAUCUGACCAUUGCUCAUAUGUCAGUGCUGACAAAUGACAGCAGCUCCAGAAUUUUUGUUUGUGGUGUGAAAUCUUCGGCAAAAGAAGAAGAACUGAGGAACAGUUUCAGUCACAUGGGAUGUAAAAAUAUUUGGUUGUUACAUGAAGACUUUACUGAGCUUCAGCCAACAGACUCAAGGCUUGAAAAGGCAAAAGUUAUUUUGCUGCUACCACAAUGCUCUGGACUGGGUGCUGGCAAUCCAAUGGAGCUUAUUUUAAGUGAACACAGAGAUGCAGGAUUGCUACGAGACCUUUUCCAAGGAUUUGUGUCUGAGGAUAAACUCAGUAUUCUUGCUGAGAGGCAGCUUAACGAGUUGAUUCAUGCACUGAAAUUUAACAAAGUACAAGGUAUUGUUUACUGCACUUGCUCAAUUUACCCAGAAGAAAAUGAACUUGUAGUGAAAAAAGCACUGGAAUCUGGAGUGGAGGGAGAUAAAGUACGACCAUAUAGGCUUAUUCCUUCUAUUUUUUCUUCUUGCUCUGAUUCAGAGUCUUCCACUGAAAUGUUUUUCAAAAUGGAGCCAUCAGAAAUUUCCAGUGGUUGUUUCCUAGCUGUUCUAGAAAGAGAGAAAGAUACUUCUAAAAAAGUGUCUGCUAAAGACAUUUUGGCUUCUGCUGCAGCAAAAGCUCUACUAGAUGGCAUUGUUGAAGAAAAACCAAAAGAAGAGGUGAAAAAGCAGAAAGUAAAACAACGUAGACGUAAGGUUACUGCUAGUGAUAGUAAGCCAAAAGCUGCAAAACUCCUUCACCACCAUACUGGAGCUGAUGUUAAGGCUGAAGUUCCUGUGUCUAAAGCAGCCAAUAAGAUACAAGAAAAGCAUGUGUGCCCAAAAAAACCAACCAAUAAGAUACAAGAAAAACAUGUGUGCCCCACAAAAGCAGCCAGUGAUGCACCAGAAAAGACUGUGCCCGGGAAAAAAGCAGCCAGUCACACACCACAGAAGACUGUGCAUGGGAAGAAAGCAGCCAGUAACAUACAACAAAAGAACGUGCACCAGACAAAAGCAGCCAGUAACAUACAACAAAAGAACAUGCACCAGACAAAAGCAGCCAGUAACACAUCCACAUCUAAAGCAGCCAGUAACGUAUCCAUGGCUAAAGAAGCCAGCAGCACAUCCACGUCUAAAGCAGUCAGUAACACACAGCAAAAGAACGUGCCCCGAACAGACAGUCGUGUUGAGCUGAAGAAAUCUGUGAACGCUGACUGACACACAGCCCCACUGAAAGUGCACUGAAAGUACAUCUCAUCUGUCACCUCUGGGCAAGGUGUACGAGAGACAGACACCUGCUCAAAAGGCACGUGCAGAAGAGAACAGGGUUGUACUGAAGUCCCUGACAAUCACUUUGCCUUCACUGAUAACACCAUAUGAAAGCUCGUAAUGAAACAAGCCCAGGGUAUCGACUUAACAUUGCUUUCAUGGCCAGAGUACAGUGUCCAGCUGGUUGGAUAUUUACACCACCCUGGUCAAAAAUGGUCAAGCCAAGUUGGCUGUAUGAACCUUCAGACUCUGGCCUCCCUUUGUAAAGAAAUUAAAGAUUCCUGUAUAUUAAUCAAUAGGCUUAAAUUACAUAUAUUUAUGCAAGGAUAAUCUGGCCUUGGGAAAGAUAUAUUAUGUGCUAGAUAUAUAGAAACAUCCAUGUUAGAUAGUAACUUUUCAUCCAGUAAUCACACUUUAAGUGAAUGGAGCUGCCUAAGGCUGAUAGAUUGUUGGGGGAAGUGAGGUCAAAAAACUAUAGCCUCUUGCUAUACACUUUGAAGUGACAAGUUAAAUCAUACACCCAACCCCUCACUGUAUCUAAACCUGUACAGGUAAUCAGUUUCAAAUUGAUGUUUUUAAAGUGAGACUGAAUUUUUUUAAGUGGCUUUUCUUUACAAGUGCUAGAUACCAUUUUUGUGAGUUUCCACUUUUCCAUGGAAAAUAAGCCUUGUAUUUCUAAAAGUAGAUGUGAAUUUUUGUACAGGAGACUGGCCAAGUACAUUAAAGCCCAUGCAUAGGCUUUC